GGCAAUCUACUGUUCUCCAUUCCUCCAGGAGCCAAGCAGAUAAUAUUCGUGGAACGCUGGAAUCAUCAGUGUGCACAGUGCCAGUUGUGAGAAUAGCUAACAAAAUGGCGACGUAACCACAUUCUCAGAUAUGUUUGGACGCUAUGAAUCUUGUUUUGUUACAUGGAAAAAAGACAGCACCGGGACAGUGUUUUAAUUCUGGCUUUCUUACAAAUAUAUGUGACACAUGACUGGAUUUUUUUUCAGUGACAUUGUCUUGAAAUGCGUUAUAGUGAAUGAUAUGCAUAUACGUAAGCCGCUUCGAGUAUUGGAUUUUGUGUUAAUAAUUGGACAAUAGGUAAUAGGUAAUAAAUAAUUUCCAGUAUAUUUUUUAUCUUACCGACUCUCUUUGUGAACUGAAUUGAACAAACGUCGGAUUAAUAGUGUAUGUGAUAAUCAUAUCUACAUUUUUACAUCGUACACCGACCGAGCGACCAUAUGCGUCACCUGAGGUACGGAUGGGUAGGUGGCUUAGCGGUGUACCGCGUGGACCCUUGAUCCUGAGAAUCACACAAACCAUUCAAAAUUGUCGCCUUUGAGCAUCUAGACCCCUCGCCCUCCAAGCCAACCGAAUCAGACAAGAUGGCUUCCGUAGCGGCAUGGCUGCCCUUUGCCCGGGCAUCAGCAAUCGGAUGGGUUCCGGUAGCACAGAAACCGCUGCCCUCGUCGCGCAUCAAGAAGGAGGAAGAGGAACAUGGGGAGGACAAGCUAUGUAUUAACGUGAGCGGUCGCAGGUUCGAGACCUGGCAAAACACGCUGGACAAGUACCCGGACACGCUAUUAGGCUCAAACGAAAAGGACUUCUUUUACGAUGAAAAAUUCAAUGAGUAUUUCUUUGACCGGGACCCAGAUAUAUUCAGACAUAUAUUAAAUUAUUACAGAACUGGAAAACUUCAUUAUCCAAAGCAUGAGUGUAUAUCUUCCUAUGAUGAGGAGCUGGCAUUUUUCGGUAUUAUGCCGGAUCUUAUCGGCGACUGUUGUUACGAGGACUACCGGGACCGGAAGCGCGAGAAUAGUGAGCGGCUGCUGGACGACAAGGCGUCAGACGCCGGCGACAACGAGCCGCUGGAUUCUAUCAGAGAGGAAAUGUGGCGCGCUUUUGAGAACCCUCACAUUGGCACAGCCGCGCUCGUGUUCUAUUACGUUACAGGGUUCUUUAUCGCCGUCUCCGUGUUCGCUAACGUAGUGGAAACAAUACCGUGUGGUCGUGUACCAGGGACGGGUAAACGUCUUUCUUGCGGCGAUAAAUACUCUGUUCCUUUCUUCUGUCUCGAUACAGCUUGUGUUAUGAUUUUUACUGCAGAAUAUCUAUUGCGAUUUUACGCUGCUCCAGAACGUUUAAAAUUCAUGCGAAGCGUUAUGUGCGUCAUUGACGUCGUGGCUAUUAUGCCGUACUACAUCGGGCUUCUAAUACCAGAAAAUGAUGACGUAAGUGGGGCUUUUGUCACACUCAGAGUGUUUCGUGUGUUUAGGAUUUUCAAAUUUUCAAGGCACUCACAAGGGCUUCGUAUUCUCGGCUACACUCUUAAAAGCUGUGCAAGUGAACUUGGCUUUCUACUCUUUUCAUUAACUAUGGCUAUUAUCAUCUUCGCUACAGUGAUGUUUUAUGCAGAGAAGAAUGUUCCUAAGACGAAAUUCACGAGUAUUCCUGCGUCGUCUUGGUAUACCAUCGUAACUAUGACAACGUUAGGGUAUGGAGAUAUAGUACCAAAGACGGAGAUGGGAAAAAUAGUUGGGGGUCUUUGUUCGCUCAGCGGUGUGCUCGUCAUCGCGCUUCCGGUGCCCGUGAUCGUGUCAAACUUCAGCAGAAUCUACCACCAAACACAGCGGGCAGAUAAACAAAAAGCACAAAAGAAAGCCCGCCAGGCUCGGAUCCGUAUGGCGAAAAAUGCUAGCGUAGCAGCGUUCCUAAACUCCAAGAAGCGAGAGGAGGAGAUGACACUUGCUCAAGAUAGUGGCAUAGAUAUUUCAAACCUGCAUCGCCCACUGCACAAGUUUAAUAUGCAACACCACCACUUGUUAACAUGUCUUGAGAAUACCACAGACCGAGAGUUUGUGGAGAUGGACAUGACAUUUACGCCAAACGGAAAACCUUCCGAGACGCCGCCUCCGUCUCCCGAUCCCUCGCUUGCCUCCCUCAACCGGCGCGACGACUUUUCCUGCUGUGGACGCCGCCUCUCCAGCAAUCGGCGCUUCCUCAUGGGCAAGAAGAAGAGCGGACAUCACACGGAAGAACAAGAUGAAUUGAACGACAUCCAGAUCCGGUUGCCAACGCUCCAUAGGUCAUCUCGUGCCAGCUUGAACGCCGUGGACAACAUCAACAACAAAUCACACAACACGCUGUCCGUCACGCAGGCUGUCGUUUCCGGUCCAACGCCAAGUACCACACCGGAAACAGAGACCUCGCGGACUACGCAGUCGACCAGUACCGGGGCCGCAUCGCCCAUGUCUCACCACCAACCCGGCUCUAACAUCGUACGCGUCUCAACGUUAUAACGAAUAUUAAGGCGACAUUGUUUUAACAGUUAACGGUAUUACGGAUAAAGUUGACGUUGUCGGCCGUAAUGAGUUACGGUAUUUGUUGCAAUGACAGCACACGUCUGGACAUAUAAUUGUGCGAAAGCUACGCGGAAGGAGAGGAACUGUUGUAGAAGUCAGGUGCACGAGGAAUUCGCCCCGAAAGCUCAAUAUUUAUUAAAUGUGCGGUUGAUGGCAGAAUUGUGUAGAGCCGACUUGUAUAUAUUGUGAAAUUUUUGUUCACGGUCGUCCAUGCGAAACCAAAUACACACGUAAAUAUCAAAAUACACCAAAGACAUUAUUCAAAUUAAAUCAAUCGAGCACCAAUCAAAACUUUGGAGUACAAAACAUCCGUGAAAGUGAAAAUAUAUUUGAAACACAAACAAAGAGCGAUUCACCUAUAAACUCAUAGUCGGAUUCUAAAUAACAAGCAAUGAGCAAUCACAGGAAAGUGAAAUAAGUAUGUAUAGGUGUCCUGUGUGGAUUACCGAGAUUAACCUGAUUGAUUUCCAUGAAAUAUAACAUUUGAUAUAGCCAUUACAACCAAACGACAUAAAACAUAGCUACAGCAUUAGUAACAAUGCUGAUUAUUCAGAGUUAUCUACUGUUACUAAAUUUCGUUUUAGAAGUAGUUUAUCUAGAACAUUGUUUCGUUAUUUGUUAUAUAUUUAAAGUAUUAUAAGGCAUAGCCCUUUAUGUAUAUGUGUGAAACCUGAUAUUUUGUACUAUGAUACAGUUUUGCUCAUGUUGUUUUCUCCAACUUUAAUGCACGGAUGCGGGUUUGUGUCACGUGAUGGACUACUUUCACAUAGCACACUUUAUCUUUACCCGAAAUGCACUCUCACAGUUUGUUAAUCAAUUUUACAUAGAAGACACACCAUUUUAUAUUGUUCCAUAUAAUGGUUGUAACAAUUCUUUCAUAUCAUAAAUGUAUGUAUGUUUGUAUCGACGACUGUUCAUUGACUUUAAUCAUCUAUGUUUUGCAUUAUGACAUGAACGCCGAUGUAAAAGCAAUGUCGCAUUCAUCAACUAUUAAACGACAAACAACGAAUGCAAAACAAUGCUUAAAAUGUCAAUGCUUAACUUACAUCGCUUGAUCUGCGUCUGGCCAUCAAUGCGUAAUGAACUUUAUUGAAGGAGAUGUACGAGUGUGAUAAAUAAGAAUAUCAAGCACUAAUGCAAAUGUAUCACGCUGUGAUUUAAAAGCUGGAUUAUGUUCAAGAUUAUUUUUUUUUGCAUAUAUUUAUUUUAUACUUGUUAUCUUUAAAGGAAUCAACAUAAAGGAGUAAUUUGCAUUAUAUUAGUGCUCUUUGUUUUUGUAUAGAAAAAUUGUAUACGCGUAAGUUAUACAGUACGUAAAAUAAUGGUAUUUUCUAUUUAAUAAUGAAGGUCGCAUCGACUAAUGACCUUCUGUUUUUAGUAUUGAAGUAAAAAAUAUAUAUAUUUUUUAAGUUAUAAAUCAAACAUUUUGAGCCAGUUUAAAUAAUUGUUAAAGAAUCCGGUUUUCAUUAUUGUUAUUUGGAAGUGUCGUCCGAAUAGGUUUUCUAUGUAUAAUAGAGAGAGAAUGCUACCACUGCAACAGUUUAUCAGUCUGAACGAGUAACCAGCUGUGUAUUGACCAGUUGUGUGACAGCCGUGUUGGGUUCUCCGAAAUGUGACGGAGCGUUACAAUCUAGGAAAUACAAAACGAUACCAGUAUUUAGAGUGCUCAAACCUUCCAAGUUUGAUUCCAGACGAGCGACAGUUCAUAUUACUCAUUACACCAGUGUGUAAACCCUAACCCUGUGUCAUGACGUCAUAACGGGUUUUGCAAACUCCUGCAUGUACCAUUAUGUGUGCAAUGACGUCAUAACGGGUAUUGCAAACUCCUGCACUUACCAUUAUGUGUGUCAUGACGUCAUAACGGGUAUUGCAAACUCCUGCAUGUACCAGUAUGUGUAUCAUGACGUCAUAACGGGUAAUGUAUUCACCUGCAUGUACCAGUAUGCGUGUCAUGACGUCAUAACGGGUAAUGUAAACACCGGCAUGUAAGAGUAUGUGUGUCAUGACGUCAUAACGGGUAAUUGCAAACUCCUGCAUGUACCAUUGAUGUCUUGCUGCAAGGCUUCAAAACUUCUGAUAUUUUCCAAAGUACUCUUGUAAAAUUUGCAUUGAUUAUUCCAUAGCAUCAUUUUUACGAAAGCUAUGCUUGGUCUUCUUUGGUGUUAUCAGGAUAUGUCUGCACGGUGAAUAUCGUUCCUUUAAAUGCGUCCAAUCAUACAAAUAAGAGUGUUUGCCUUAAACAUUUCAUCAUAACUUAUUAGGCUGUGUGAAUGAAAUAGACUGGUCGCUCAGUGUUUUAUGUUUUACGAGUAACUUCGAUACUCCUGUGAUUUGUACUGCUUCAGCGCUAGCGUAUGUGUUAAAUCCAAGUGCAACCUUUUCUUCUUAACACUUGUACAAAUUUCACAACAAUCCCAAAUACGUGUAAAUGCAUUAUUCCUGUAUAGUUACAAGCUUCCUCAUUCGCUGUUUAUCUUUUAACUAAUAAUUCUAAUGUAUUAUGUUCGUAUGUUAUAUUUUCCUUGCUGUCUUUUUUCACGUACAUAUGAUCGUAUGUUUACUAUGUUACUCCUUGUAAAAAGACUUUUACAUUCACAAAAUAAACAAGAGGUUUU